AUGAUGGAUAACGAAACAGAAUCGUUCACAAUGUACAAUGAAACGGAGAAUGCUGCUCUAUUAGCCUUUCUCUAUCGCGUUGAAAUUGUCACAUUUCCAAUUUUGAUCCUGUUCGGCACUAUAUGCAAUAUUACCACCUUCAUAGUUAUGCGUCGUCGACGCAUGCGCGUAUCGUCAACGUGCUUCUAUAUGGCAGCAUUAGCUGUCACCGACACACUUGUUCUUUGGACAGGUUGUUUGAAUCAAUGGUUUUAUAUUAUACACGUUCCAACUGUUGUCGCUAAGUCGAAUUUUACAUGUAAAUUACUUCCGUUUUUAUUUGUUUUCUUUGCAGAUACAAGUGUCUGGAUUAUUGUUUGCAUGUCAUUCGAACGCUAUUUCGCUGUGUCACAUCCAUUACGAGCUUCACAAAUGUGUACGACCAAACGAGCGAAAUGGGUUCUCUUGGCUAUGUUUAUCGUAUUUGCAUUGAUUGAUGGACAUUUUCUUCUAACAUUAGAAUUGGAAAUUAUCGACGGACAUUAUCGCGUCUGUCAUCCGAAAACAUGGGCAAGACAUUUUGUCGGAAAGAUUUUUGUCUUUAUCGAUGCAUUGAAAUACUCUGCUAUUCCGUUCUGUAUUUUACUUAUCUUAAGUAUUUUGAUUAUCCAACGAGUUUUUCGUGCUGAAGGUAUCAGCGCUCAACUACAAAAUCUACGCCAUCUGCAUAGUUAUCGACAAUAUACAGCAGCAUCAAGUUUAAGCUGUGCGACACAUACAUCAACAUUAACAGUUACUCCGAUAUCAUCGAAUACAUUGACAAAUAAUGCCCGUGUCGGUCGUCGAGUUACAUUUAUGCUCUUAUCGGUUAGUAUUGCAUUCUGUGUAUUUUCCGCACCGAUGUCAUUAAUGCAAAUUGUUCAAAGUAUAAUUAAACCUGGUUAUUAUGAAACACCGUUAGCGAUAGGAAAAGCCAUUGCUGAAUUAUGUCAAUAUAUCAAUCAUUCGUGUAAUUUUUUCCUGUAUGCAUUAACGGGACGAGUUUUUCGUCGAGAAUUUGUACGAUUAUUCUUUCCGACGCGUUUCGGUGGCGGAAGAAGCAUACCAGUUGCGACAGGAAUGAAUGGAAUGGGUCUUAGUGCGCGUGCGGGUCUUAUUCCUCAAGCACCACCGUCAUCAAGUCAUCGAGGAUCGUACUAUUCGGUCGAUAAUAAUCGCUAUGACGUUAAUUCCGAACGAUCAUCUCGACGAUUCGGUACAUUGUACCCUCCACGCUCACAUUCAAGUCGGACACCGCUGGAAAAGUCACCAUUCCUGUCGUGUAACAACAGUCCAUUGUUAAUGUCCAGAUUGAAUUAUUUACAAGUAGAAAAAUCAUCACCACGAUCAUCGGACAAUUACGUUAAUAAUGCUCUACUCAUUGGCUUUUGGAAUAAGUAUAAUCAGAAGAAAGAGCAACGUGCAACAAGAGAUGAUUCAUUAUUAUCUUUGAAAGUUCUGAAAGCAAACAAACGUGUACCAUCGACGGUGUGA